AUGAGUAGCACCAAUUCAAUUGAUAAACUCGAAAAGUCAAUUUUAGCAGCACAAGAAGAGAUCAAGGCAUUGGAAUCAAGACAAGCAUCAACCGAUGUCGAAAUCAAUAGCCUUAUCGAGUUGGCCAUCUCUCACAGAUCGUCACCUGUCAACAAAGAACGUUUAAAUUCAUUAUUUACUUCAUCCGUAAGCUCAAAUCAAUCAAUCAAUCAAUCAAUUCAAGAUUUAAGAGCGAAAGCAUCAAAGAUUCAAUCGGUUAUAUCGUUGAAACAAGAGUUGGUAAAUUGUUUGAUAAAUACAGAGCAACACGAUCGUGCACAGGACAUAUGGAAUCAGUUGAGAGAGAGUUCCUUCAAGCUUUCACCCAACGGUUCAAAGGAUGUCAAUACUACUUCGGUCACUGUUGCCUCGGAUGCAGUAGUGCAGUCGAAUUCACCAGAUACUUCGUCGAUCACUAGCAGCGCAGCGAGCGGAUUGGAAGAUCUCUCGAUCAAGGAGGAGGAGAAGGAAAUCACAAAAUGGGAAAUCGACAAACAGGACAUCAUUAUCAAUCGUGAUGCCAAGAUCGGUGCCGGUGCAUUCGGUUCGGUCUUCAAGGGAUCGGUGCGUGGCAAGGAAGUAGCCAUCAAGAAACUUACACAGCAGUUCUACGAUGAAACUGUGCUCAAUGAGUUCCGUAAGGAGGUCUGUCUCAUGACCAAGUUGCGUAAUCCUCAUUUGCUGCUUUUCAUGGGUGCCUGCACCACCCAAGGAAACUUGAGUAUCGUCACAGAGCUCAUGCCCAAGGGUUCGGUACACGCGCUCCUCAAAUGUAAAGAGGACAGUGCAGACUUUAUAGAUUUUAAACGUGCCAUUCUCAUUGCAAGAGACACAUCGCUUGGAAUGAACUGGCUGCAUCUCUCGUCGCCACCCAUUCUGCAUCUCGACCUCAAGCCAGCCAAUCUUUUGGUAGACAACAACUGGGUUGUCAAGGUUGCCGAUUUCGGUUUGAGUAAGAUCAAGAAGGAAGGUAAAUCAUCGGGACAAGCCGGUUCACCUCUAUAUAUGUCACCAGAGAUGCUGCUAAACAGAGAGUACGACGAGAAGAGUGAUGUCUACUCAUUCUCGAUGUUGCUAUGGGAGAUGCUCACAAAGUUGGAGCCAUACAACGGAUUCUACAAAAACUACAACGAUUUGGUCGAUGGUGUCACCAACAAGAAGAAUCGUCCAACACUCAACGAAAACUGGGGACCACGUUUGAAGGAUCUGCUGAUUCGUUGUUGGGACCACCUCCCAAAUCGUCGUCCUUCUUUCGAGGACAUCACUCGUCAGAAGCUUUUGGAUCAUAUUUUGAUUGAGGGUGUACUGAGCGAUGGAAACGCCCGUCAGUUCUGGACACACAACUUCCUUGGACGUGAGGAGAUCACUUGGAAUCAAUUUUACACAUCGUUCUGCACAUCAUUUGGUGUCGACAUGAAGUCGAAUCCACAGGACUGCCUAAAGAUCAAGUGUUUGAAGUUGCUGUUGGUUUCGAUCGAUUCAGAGUCAGUAAAGAUUGAAGAUUUUGGAAGAUUUUUAGGAUGGUUCGGACCAUUGAACUCUGGUAACGAAGUUUUGGAGCGUGUUUUGUCGGUGUGCUCACUCAAAGGUUUCUUGGGUGAGACUUCAUCAAAGAACGUUAUUCAGUUCCUCGCCAACAAGAAGUCCGGUACCUACAUCGUUCGUUUCAGUAGUACCGAUCCAGGUUGUUACGCACUCUCCUACGUUUCAAAGAAUAAGGAUAUAGCACAUGCCAAGAUCAUCCAUAAGCCAGGACACGGUUACAUUCAUAUGGGUGGAUCCACUCACUAUCCAUCAUUGGAUGAACUCAUAAAGAACACCGGUAAGCUUCUUGGACUCAAAGAUCCAUUCGAAGGUGGUCAGUUCUAUGCUUUAAUUUAUGCAUCAAAGAAUCCACAAACCAACCAUCCACCAGCAUAUGUAGCUGUUGCUCCAUCUCGUAAAGUUUAA